CUGGUGACUGCAUAAAUUGGUCUUCCGCUUGCUCUCGCCCUUGUCUGGAAUCAAAGCUAGAGACCCAGGCUCCUCCAAGGCAGUGAGGGCAGCAUGGCUCAGAUGUCCUUCAUCCUGUGCCUGCUGCUAAUCCUGGUGCUGUUGGUGCUGGGAUGGACCCAGCCUUCCCUGGGCAAGGAAUCAUGGGCCAUGAAGUUUCAACGGCAGCACAUGGACCCAGACGGUUACCCCACCAACUCCAGCUAUUGCAACCUAAUGAUGAGGCGCAGGAAAAUGACAGAGGGAAGGUGCAAGCCAAUAAACACCUUUGUGCAUGAGCCUUUGGUGGAUGUCCAGGCCAUUUGCCUCCAGGGAAACAUUACCUGCAAGAAUGGGCAGUCCAACUGCCACAAGAGCAGCUCCAGCAUGAACAUCACGGACUGUCGCCUGACGAAUGGUUCCAAGUACCCCAAUUGUGUUUACCGGACCAGCCAGAAAGAGAGGCAGAUCAUUGUGGCUUGUGAGGGAAACCCAUACGUGCCAGUUCACUUUGAUGCUUCAGUAGAGGUCUCCACCUGAGACCAGGGCAGUGAGAUGCCCGACCUCAUCCUGUCACCCGCCUGUCCCCUCUUCCUUCCUUGCCCUGUGGGAAAUAACCCAAGUUAGGGCUCCUAUAUGAUAUAAACAUGCUUCCCUGGUAUGAGGUUUGCCCUUGUGUGGUUUGGAGGAUAAGGAGUGGGUUGUGAGGAGAGCUUCGUUUUAAUCACUUUACUGCUUCUUUCAAUAAAACUCA